AUGCCAUUAGACAACGAGAUCUCGGGCCGGCUGGCUCUCGUAACAGGUGCAUCAGGAGGUAUUGGAGCUGCAUGUGCUCGCGAUCUGUUCGUACACGGUGCUUCUCUCGCGUUGACGUACUCCUCGAACAAAGCCUCGGUAGAUCAGCUCAUCGAUGAGCUGAAAGCUAGCGACAAUGGAAGGAAACUCACCGCACAUAAGGCCGACAUGGCGUCCGAUGGCGAUCUGAACAGACUCUUUGACGAGAUCAGAACCGAGCAUGGUCACGGUCCGGAUAUCUUGAUCGCGAAUGCCGGCUACGGAAAACGCACGUCGAAUAUUCUCGAGAUUGACAUAGGGGAAUGGGACUACACCAUCAACGUCAACCUCCGAGCAAGUUUUAUCCUCACCAAGCUCGCCGUCUCCCACAUGAUCGAGAAGAAAUGGGGCCGCAUCGUAUACAUCAGUAGCAUCGCCGCAGGAGGCACCUCGAUCAAUGGCUGCCACUAUUCCGCGUCCAAGGCGGGCGUGCAAGGUUUGUCGAAGAACCUGGCGAUCAAGCUAGCCAAGGAUGGCAUUACCUGCAAUGAUGUUGCGCCGGCAAUGAUCACCGGUACGGGUAUGAUUCCUGAUGAGGCGUUCUUGAAGGGUACGCCAGGCGAUGUGAGCAACAUUCCGGUGGGCAGGUCGGGUUCUACGCAGGAGUGUGCGAAUGUGGUAACUAUGUUGUGUAAGACUGGAUAUAUGACUGGGCAGAGCAUUUUGCUCUCUGGAGGGCUGAAGUAGCUCCCGUAGCUGUCCAUCAUCGGGCGUAAUCAGUGACCUUUGAGCCCU